AUGAAGGAAGAAAAUAAUUUUAUUGUUUAUGAAAACACGAUGUCAUCAGCAUAUGAAGUGGGCAUUGGACGGCAUGGAUCCAUUUCAAGAGACAGCACUUAUAAGUUAAAGUUCCAAUGCAGGUAUUCAGGAACGGCAGUUGAGGCUAUGAUGGUGGAGGUAAAUAUGGUCCCACCUCCUCCACCUGUCUCCCAGGAGGAACCCCUCAGAGUGGAGCUCAGGAUCGCCAAUGGACAGUGUACCACUAAAGGAUGCUCUGAUGAGGAUAUGUAUACCUCAUACUACUCGGAGGAAGACUACCCUGUCACCAAAGUAUUGACAGAACCCGUUUACGUGGAGGUGCGGAUUCUGGAAAGAAUCGACCCAAACGUUGUCCUGGUCCUUGAUCACUGCUGGGCCACUUCCACCCAGGAACCUCAGAGCCUUCCCAAGUGGGACCUAAUAGUUAAUGGGUGUCCCUUUAAGGAUGACCAUUACCUGACCACCACGCUUCCCGUUGUAGAGUUAGGGCUACAGUACCCAUCUCAUUACAAACGCUUCGCAAUGAAGAUGUUCACCUUUGUAGAUCAGUCCUCUCUUGUGCCUUUGCAGGAAGGGGUGGUCUUCAUUCACUGCACCACAUCAGUUUGUCACCCGUUUGCCAAUGAGUCCUGUGAGCCCAGCUGUGGCAAGACGAAAAGUGCAGUUUUAGAAGAACUGAAGGAUUCUGAGGGGAAAGUUUUAGUUUCGAGUGGCGAGAUCAUACUCGUUUCUAAUUCGCCAGUUUCGGAGAACCUACAGUAUGAGGAAGUGCCACCCAUAUUAGGGUAUGGGUUAUGGGCAGGAGCAGCUCUAACUGCGAUUGGUGUCUGUUGGCUCGUGAUGGCCGUUUUUAAACGGCGUCCCGGACCUCGUCCUCAGCCUGUACCAGUGUGAUUUAAUAAAAUAACCAAAA